AUGUCUCUCGACCUCCAGCAGUCGCUCGCUGAGCUCCAGACCGCCUUUGACUCGGGAAAGGACAAGGACGCCGUCACAAAGCUCAUUACACAGCUCAAGAUCAAGCUCGCCCAGUCUGGCCUCUACUUUGCGCCUCCCAACGCCAACCCCCAGGACCUCCUUGCUGCCCGCACCAUCAUUGAGAUUGCGACCUUUCAUGCGCUGAGGAGGGGCGACCUGACGGCGUACGCACAGUACAACGCCGCGCUGCAGCCCUUCUACGUCAACCUCGCGACCGUCCUCCCCUCAUCCCCCAACCGCCCCAUCAUUGUCGGCCUGCAGCUCCUCGCCAUGCUCUCAGAGGGCAAGUACUCGCAGUUCCACAUGACCCUCGAGGCCCUCGACGUCUCUGAGCUGGGCGACGUCUUUGUCCGCUGGCCCGUGGACCUCGAGCGCUGGAUGAUGGAGGGCGCGUACAACAAGAUUUACCGUGCGCGCGAGCGUGUCCCCCGUGAAGAGUACACCGUCCUCCUCGACCGUCUCAUGGGCACCAUUCGCGAGCAGAUUGCCCUCACCAUUGAGACCUCGUACCCCUCCCUCCCCCUUCAGAACGCCGCCCAGCUCCUCUUCUUCAAGUCGGGCGAGACCUCGCAGCUGAUUCAGUUUGCCACCGAGCGCGGAUGGAACCUCGAGCCCUCGACUCAGACAUUCACGUUCCCCAAGUCGCCCAUCCCGGACAUUGCCCUCGCUGCCGUGGCCGCUACAGACUCGUCGCGCAUCACCCUCGACAUUGCCGGUGGAAAGGGCAUCAAGCGUGGUGGGCCCAUGCAGGCCAUGAUCAAGCCCGCGCUUGACCUUGCGCACCAGCUCGAGGCGAUUGUGUGA